ACGGGCUCCAGUCUCCGGAAGGAGCCGUAGAAUAGUGGCGGCGAAUUCUGCGUCGAGUUAGUUGGCUGCUGGAGGAGCUGGCUGAGCCGCGGUGACAAUGGUGGAGGAGGUCCAGAAGCAUUCUGUACACACGCUGGUGUUCAGGUCACUGAAGAGGACCCAUGACAUGUUUGUAGCUGAUAAUGGAAAACCUGUGCCUUUGGAUGAAGAGAGUCACAAGCGGAAAAUGGCAAUCAAGCUUCGUAAUGAGUAUGGUCCUGUCUUGCAUAUGCCCACUUCUAAAGAGAACCUUAAGGAGAAGGGACCUCAGAACGCGGCAGAGUCAUAUCCCCAUAAACAAUAUCCUGCCAAUCAAGGACAAGAUGUUGAAUACCUGGUGACAGGUACACAUCCAUACCCGCCAGGACCUGGUGUUGCCCUGACCGCCGACACCAAGGUCCAGAGAAUGCCCAGUGAGUCAGCCGCACAGUCCUUAGCUGUGGCGCUGCCGAAUCAGGCCAGAGCUGAUGCAAAUCGUACUGGACCUGCUGGGAGUGAGUACCGACACCCAGGAGCUUCUGACCGUUCCCAGCCCACAGCGAUGAACUCUAUGAUCAUGGAGGUCGGCAAUACCAAGAACUCUGCAUUGAUGGCUAAAAAAGCCCCUACAAUGCCCAAACCCCAGUGGCACCCACCGUGGAAACUCUAUAGGGUUAUCAGUGGGCAUCUUGGCUGGGUUCGGUGCAUUGCUGUGGAACCUGGCAAUCAGUGGUUCGUUACUGGCUCUGCCGACAGAACUAUAAAGAUUUGGGACCUGGCUAGUGGCAAAUUGAAGCUGUCCUUGACUGGGCACAUCAGCACGGUGCGUGGUGUGAUUGUGAGCACGAGGAGCCCCUACUUGUUCUCUUGUGGAGAAGACAAGCAAGUGAAGUGCUGGGAUCUUGAGUAUAACAAGGUUAUACGGCACUAUCAUGGCCAUCUAAGUGCAGUGUAUGGUCUGGAUUUGCAUCCAACAAUCGACGUCCUGGUGACUUGUAGUCGAGAUUCAACUGCACGGAUCUGGGACGUGAGGACUAAAGCCAGUGUGCACACGUUGUCCGGACACACAAAUGCAGUUGCUACCGUGAGAUGCCAGGCUGCAGAACCACAGAUUAUCACCGGGAGUCACGAUACCACAAUACGAUUAUGGGAUCUGGUGGCUGGAAAGACAAGAGUGACAUUGACGAAUCAUAAGAAAUCUGUCAGGGCUGUGGUCUUACAUCCACGACAUUACACAUUUGCAUCUGGGUCUCCAGAUAACAUAAAGCAGUGGAAGUUCCCUGACGGAGGCUUCAUUCAGAAUCUCUCCGGUCAUAACGCCAUCAUCAACACACUGGCAGUCAAUGCUGACGGAGUACUUGUGUCUGGAGCUGACAAUGGCACCAUGCACCUUUGGGACUGGAGAACUGGCUACAAUUUUCAGCGGGUCCAUGCCGCUGUCCAGCCUGGGUCUUUGGACAGUGAGUCAGGAAUAUUUGCUUGUGCUUUUGAUCAGUCGGAAAGCCGGUUGCUAACAGCAGAAGCUGACAAAACCAUUAAAGUUUACAGAGAGGACGAGACCGCGACGGAAGAAACCCACCCAGUCAGCUGGAAACCAGAGAUUAUCAAGAGGAAGAGAUUUUAGUGGGCACUGUCUUCAUGGCUGUCCCCCUGUUCCUAGCUUGGCGUUGAUGCAGAAGUCACUGCUGCUUUGUACUUUACAAUAAACUGCUCCCUGUGCCCAUCAGCGGUGUUUAUUUCUCAAGCAGACAGCUAAGUGCAGUGCAGCCAUCAAGAACGAUGGCUCACCAUGUAUAAUCAGGAAUGAGUCUAAGUGAAGCUGCCCUGGAUUUGAGCAGUUUCAAGUUCUGAGGUCGCAUCCUGCAUGCUGUCGUUGGGUGUAGUAGUUUUCCAGGCCGACGGAAACUCCUGAAAUCCUUUGUCCUCUUUCCUUUCUAGGAAGAAUCUGACGCGUGCCCCCGAGCGCACUGUACACUUGCUCUCUGAUCCUUUACACUAACCCAAGGUUCUGUCCAUACGAGACGAGUGCAUUAGGAUUGUGAUCUGACAUUUCUCAGUAUUCUCUGGAAGGAAACACUAGAUCAUUAGGGAAGAGUUACUAAAAUUGCUUAUGUAAAAUGUACAAGCAUUUUUGUAAGCUAGUGCAUACUCAAAAUUAAUGAAGUUACAUAAGAUUGAUGGCAAUGGCUUUGUGAGGUGAGGUAGUGGAAUUACAGGAGAAUAUUUAGUCUGCUUUAUAUAUUUUGAUUAUCUUCAAUUCUUAAUGCAUGUAUUUUAGAAACCAAUACUAGGAAGAAAAUCAGCAUC